UUAAUUUUUAUUGUGAAAGGGGAGGCGGCCACGCGCUGGAACGGAACGGCUGGCUGAGCGCGCGCGCCACUAGUUCACUCUGUGGUCACGAGCGAGCUGUGACACUGCGGUGAGGAGGAGGUGGACAUGUCAACCAGGUGGUACCGAGACCCGAGCGGGGAUCGGAACCGGAGAGAGGAGUCCAUGGACGGGCAGGCGGGGCGGCGCAGGCAGAGCGGCACCGGAAACCGAACCUUCACGGCUCGAGCUUUUUCCAAAGAUUCACUGAAGAGGAGUCUGUCAGCAGGCGAGGACAAUUUCCCAACAGUUCUGCCCGUCCUGCUGGAUGUGGUCCGAGGUCCGGACCGUCUGGCUGCAGAUGAGGAGUCACAGGAACUGCUUAGAGAGAAACUGCGCCUCCUGGAGGCGGACUGUGCCGGAGUCAACAGCCUGUUUGUGGAACUGUCAGCUCAACUGGUCUCAAUCAACAGUGAAGAAAAAUCCAUUUGUGUGACAUUCAAAACAUUCAAGGAAAUAUGGAAAUUCACCACAUAUUACACCACAGGUCUCCUGGGUCACUGUUUGGAGGAUUUGUUGUUGGAUGAAAAAGUCUGGCUCAGUUCUUUGGAGGAGGAUGUUGCUAUUGAGGUUUCUAUUCAAGAGGAAACUCUUAAUCUCCUCUACAAAGGGAUCUUGAUGCAAGAAGGUUCUCUGUUCGGGAGUUGCAGCGUCAGCCAGAUGUUUGACAGCUCCACCUCUGGUGCAGACCUGUACCUGGAACAGGGAGACAUCGCCCAGUUUGAGCCGCCCUUCCUCGGCUCAGGAUGGACCGUCCUCUGUCUGGCCGAUGGAGCUCGGGGCACAGCGCCCAAACCGGCUCUGGAGCCAGUCAUCCCUUUCCAUCAAUGGUUUCUCAAAUCCUGUGGAGAAAGUAUUCUGGUCGGUGAUGGGAAACCUGCCUGUGACUUUCCUUUGCAGUUUGCCAGAGGGAAGUGUGUGGCCACACAGAUGCACGACGCUGAGUGUCCGGAUGAGCUGAGCGUGGCGCCUGGCGACGUCAUUAUCAUCAUGGGACUUCUAGUUUCAUGUUUUGACUGGUUCACCGGGAAAAAGGAGGCCACCGGAGAAGUUGGUCUUGUGAAGACGAGCUUUGUGGAAGUUUCCUCUGAAACCUCAGACUCAGAAGACGUGUUCUUGGACUCAAAGGAAUGGAUGUUCAACACUCAGAAAGAGGAAGAAAUCAUCAAAGAAUCAAUUGAUGAGUUAAAGAGAAAAUCUCUGAAUGAUGUCGGUCAAAACUACAAACUAGAUACUAUCCAUUACCAAGACUCUGAAAACAAAACAAGAUCUCCAGACACUAAACCUUCACCAAAAAAACUCAGGAAAUAUAUCCGGAGGAUUCUAGCUCCAGAGAAAUAUUCCUCUUUAGCUUCUUCAGUAAUCGAGAAUGAAGUUCUAGAAGACACUAAGCAGACAGCACGCCUGCCCUGCUUUACGGUUCUACCAGUUGUCGAUGGAGAAAACUUUAUCGAGAACUUCAGUCCCUUCUUUUCCUUUUUGGAUGGACAAGAUUUCAAAGAGGAGUUUGCUGUUUUGUAUGGUCUGAGUUCUGAGAAUCUUAGCUCCACCUUCUUUGAAGGUCACGCAGACGACGACGAGCUUAUUUCCUUCCUGGGUGUUGCCAGGGAAACGGCCAGGAAGAGACGCCUCUACUGGAUGCAAACGCGUUUGUGUUUCCUGCUAGGCAAGUUCUGUGCCGGCAAGUUGAAGUUCAGCCAAGCACGCGUUUACUUCGAGGAGUCUCUUGGUAUCCCGAGAGAAACCUUCACGGACCUCCGGCUGCUGGCCAGCAUCUACUCUAACCUGGCCACCAUUUAUCUCCUGCAGAAAAACAGAGACAGCUUCUUUGGGGUCGCUGAGCGCCUCAGUGCCUUCCUGCUGGGAGUCCCUGAUUGCUUGAAAAGCUUAGAGGACAACAUGGUUCUGAAAUAUAUGCUAAAGAAAGCGGUUCUCGCUCACAACAGAAGGGCGGAGGCUCGCGCUUGUUAUCUGCUGGCGAAGCACCACUGGAUCAAAGGAGAGGGGAAUCAGGUGAUUCCUUACUUGGAAAGGCUUCUUGUUGUUUGGGAUGAAGCUCAGAGAAAAGAAGACGUUUCUCCUAGUCAUGGAUACCUGGUUUUAGGAGAGCUGUACAGAAAAUUCCACCUUCUCCACCUCAGCACCAGCUCUGCCAGGAGAGCGUCUCUACAGCCCUCUGCCUCUCUGUCGGACCGCCUCGGCAGCAUGAUGUUGGUUCUGACAACAGAUGGGGAGGCGUCUGUUCCACCUCGGCUGGCUCCGUAUUUAUACCGCUCGCUUGCUUUCAUUGAGGUCCAGGAAGAAGAAGGAGCGGGUCUUCAUCACCGUGCUCUGAGCCAUCAACUCACCCUGUCUCUCUGCCAACUGUUCUACAAGUACAAAAUGAUUGACCACGCGAUCCACCGUAUGCAUUCUCUCAUCAAAAGCAAGUGGUCCUCAAAGGAAGUCUCAGUGUCAGACAGGAACAGCGCCCUCAUCUGGCUGGCGUGGCUUCACAUUGAGAACCAUCAGCCCUCUAUUGCUCUAGACAUCCUGAACCUGUUCUUAGCGUCCACGUCUGAAGACUGCAAAUCCCCUCAACAAGGAGUGGUCUUGAACAUGCGCGGUGUGGCACUCCGCUGCAUGGGCGACCACCGCAGCGCCGCAGAGAGCUACCAGGCCGCCGUGGACGUCUGCAGGGAGUACGAAGACAUGCCAAACUGGGCCGUGGCUCAGGCUAAUCUGGGCCUGCUGUUCCUGAAGGCGGGCGCUAAAGGGUUAGCGCAGAGGAAGCUGACUGAGGCGCUUCAGCUCUUCUCGGAGCUCAGUGAGGAGAACCACGAGGCGAACUUCAUCGCCGUGCUGCUAGAGCUCGGACAGCACUACGUGGAGCAGCGGCAGGUGGAGUUUGGGAAAGGAUGCUACGAGUGGGCUCUGCUGCUGGCCAUGAAAGCCAAACUGGCAGAUUAUCAGCUCAGGGCAACCAGACACCUGUGUCAUCUGUACGAACAUGAGAGUCCAGACCAGACCCAGUGCAUCAUCUACAACCGGCACCUGAUCCAGCUGCUGAGAUGCUCUGGAAACAGAGCCGAGGAGGGAAACGCACUGGAAGCAAUCAGCCAGUUGUACCUGGCUCUGGGCACAGACAGGGCGUACCGGGCCGCUCUGGACUACACGAAAAGCAGUCUCAUGAUCUUCAUCGACCUGGGCUGGAAGGAGAAAGAAGCGUACGGCUGGCUGAAAGCGGGGAAGAUCCACCACCUACUCGGCCAAACCGAGCUGGUGGACAUCUACGUUCAGGCAGCCCAGGAUGUGGCUCUGAGCACCGGAGACACCGGCUUCAUCCUGAAUCUUCUGGAAGCUGCAGGAGACAUCUUCUGGGACAGCUGUCAGGACUACGAGAAGGCCGUCACCUUCUACAGAGACCGGGCUCUGCCCAUUGCAGUGAAGAUCAGCAGCACUCAGUCCAGACUGAGGCUGAGCAACAAGCUGACUGAAGUCAUGCUCGCUCUCAAGUCCUACAGUGAGGCUGCGGAGUUUGCCCACACUGCUGUUGACAUCAGCGCCAGUGCGGGACUGCGUCUGAAUGAGCGAGUGGCCUACCAUCGGCUAGCCUUUGUGUACCAACACCUGGAACAGUCUGAGCUAGCAGAACACUACUACCUGAAGGCACUGGCGCUCUGUCCAAGUCCUCUGCAGUUUGACGAGGAAACGCUGUACUAUGUCAGGGUGUACCAGACACUUGGAGACAUCAUAUUCUACCACCUGAAGGACCCAUUCGAUGCCGCUGGAUACUACCACCUGGCUCUGGCUGCAGCAAUGGAUCUGGGCAACAAGAGGUCCCAGCUGCAGCUGUGCACGCGCCUCGCCACCAUUUACCACAACUUCCUCAUAGACCGGGAGCGCUCCCUGUUCUUCUACCAGAAGGCCAGAAGCUUUGCCACAGAGUUAAACGUGAAACGAAUCAACAUCUCAGCAGAUCGGCAGCACGUCAGCAUGUUUCAGCACAGCACACAGUAGGCUGGAUCAGCUGUGACCAAAAGGAUAAUCAGACCAACUGUUUGUUUGUGAGAGAAAGAGAGACAAAUCACUUUGAGAGAAAUUUAUAUUUGAUUAUAACUCCGAAGAAGAAAUCUUAAUGUUUGUCAAAGGAUUACAAUUAUUUUUUAAAUGUAGAUCAAAUCUAAGGUGUGACACCCCUAAACUUAUCUAGUAAAAGUUACAACAAAGCUGC